AUGCGUUGGGCUUUUGACUUGUUCCCUCCGGGAACAUCGUUCAUCCUUCUGUUGAACUUGUUCCCCCAGCUUGCAUUUACGAAAGCGGAAACCGCUCAAACACUCGAACACAAACUCGCCUUACGACACACUAACUUUCCUGGAAUGGCUUAUCGAGGUGGCUAUGAGAGAGGACGCGGCGGUGGAGCCCGUGGUAGCUCUCCAGGCGGUCGUGGCAGCCCUGACAUUAGAGGAGGUCGCGGUGGCGGGCGUGGAGGUGGCCCACCACCUCGUGGUGGCUUCGGUGGCGGGCGUGGUGGCGGACCGCGCGAGCAAGGAGGUAUCUUCCAAAGCGGCCCCGCCAAUAUCGACGCCCGCCUCACAGACAAUACGCAAGACGCUUUAGUGGCAUCUCUUCAAACUCUCAAGCUUAAACCCAACGAAAUCCCUGUCCGGCCUGGCUUCGGGACUGAAGGAAGGCCGAUCAAGCUUCGAGCCAAUUUCUUCCCAGUCAAAGUCCCAAAGGGGCCUUUGCAUGAGUACGAUGUGACCAUUUCCCCGACGGCGGGCACCGCUAUUCGCAGAGUCAAGCGGCGCAUUUUCCAGCUUGCAGAACAGUCGCCUGACUGGCAGGCUGCUGGAUUAGUUGGCGUCGUCGCGCAUGACCACUCCUCGAAGCUGAUUGCGGCUAGACAACUCCCUCAGCCUCUGUCUAUCAAGGUUCCAUUCUACGACGAAGAUGAGGCUGGUCCUCAACCUAAUGGGAAGGAAUACACCCUGACAGUCACCUAUGUCCAACCCAUCGACACCUCAGCUUUGGUCAAGUACAUGGCCGGCCAACCCCAAUACCGUGACUACGACAUAAUGCCCGUGAUCUCUGCCCUGAACGUCAUUCUUGCCGCUCAUCCCAAUCGUUCUGGAGGUGGUGGCGUGAUGGUUGGACGCAACCGUUUCUUCUUUGCUACCGCCAUGCAGCCAGUGAAUCUGGGAGGUGGCCUCGAGGCCUGGAAGGGAUUUUACUCUUCUGUUCGGCCUUCGCACAAUCAGCUGAUGGUCAACGUCAAUGUUUGCACCACCGCUUUCUACAAGCCCGGGAGCUUGGUCGCCGCCAUGCAGGAGUUCGCCUCGUCCAGUUUCGGUGCGAGGCCAGCCGCGUUUGUGCGCGGUGUCAGAGUUAAAACCACUCACCUUGGAUACAAAAAGACCGUCAAGAAAAUGUCGAACUUGACAGCCCGCCAGCACAAGUUCAAGGCGGACGAGUACGGAGGACGAGAAGUCACCGUUGAGGAAUACUUCAAACUCAAAUACAAGAUCACUUUGCGCCAUCCGGAGAUGCAGCUCGUCGAUGUUGGUGGCCAGAAGGCCAACCUUUUGCCGCCCGAGCUAUGCGAAAUCCUUCCAAACCAGCCUUUCCGCGGAAAGCUCACAGAUGAGCACACUGCUAACAUGAUCACUGUCGCGGCGAAGCCGCCCAACAUCAACGCUGCCAGCAUCGCCGGAAGCGGCCUCGAUCAGCUGGGUUUCCGUCCCAACGCCUCCCCACAGCUAAACGCCUUCGGUGUCAGCAUCGGGAACCAAAUGACGGUCGUCCCAGGACGCAUCCUUCCGCCCCCAGGUAUCAAGUAUGGCCAAGGAACGCCUUCCGUCGACGAAAAGGCGAGCUGGAACCUUCGCAACGUCAAGUUUGCAAAGGGUGCCCGCCUCGAGAAGUGGGCGGUGCUCGUCAUCCUCGACGGCAACUCGCGAGACGAGUUCUCCAGCCCGACCGACCCCGGGCUAAAGCAGACGUACCAAGGCUUCGCCCAGAUGUGCCGGCAGAGUGGUAUGGGCGUUGAACAGGCCGAUCCGAAAAUUAUCGCUGCGAAGCUACCGCCGAAGACCCACACCGACCCCACGAGGGCGCAAGCCAUCGAUGUGAUCAGGAAUGCGUUGAGGACCCUCCCCGCAAAGCCUUCAAUGGUCUUGGUCCUCCUCUCGAACGGGGACAAGCACGUGUACUCGGGUUUAAAGCAUCUUUGUGACUGUUACCUUGAUAUCCCCACCGUCUGCGUACAUUCUGCCAAGAUCCGCAAGGAGAAAGGGCAGCUGCAAUACUUCGCCAAUGUGGCACUCAAGUUCAAUAUGAAGCUCGGCGGAGUCAACCAUGCCCUCGACCCACGCAACAUGACCUGGCUCAAGAAAUCCCCGACGAUGCUCGUUGGCAUUGAUGUCACGCAUCCUGGUCCAGGAAGCGUCAAGGGCACACCUUCGAUCGCCGCCGUCGUGGCCAGUUGCGAACCUGAGUUCGCCCAGUACCCCGCUAGCAUGGAGAUUCAGGAAUCCAAGAAAGAGAUGGUCACGAACUUGGCGAAGAUGAUGUGGGAGCGCCUCACUCUCUUCAAGACAAGGAACAAGGUCCUUCCAGACCGUAUCCUCGUCUACCGCGACGGCGUAUCCGAGGGUCAAUUCAACACCGUUGUUGAGGAAGAACUGCCUGCCAUGAAACUCGCCUUCAGGAAGUUCGACACCGCGCAGAAGCCUUACACGCCCAAAUUGACCAUUGUCAUUUGUGGCAAGCGCCAUCACACGCGCUUCUAUCCCACAGCGGAGCAAGAUGGGGACAACAACGGCAACCCUCGUCCAGGCACCGUCGUCGAUCGCGGUGUCACAGCUGUUUACAAUUUCGACUUCUUCUUGCAAGCCCAUGGCGGUCUUCAGGGUACCACGCGCCCCACUCACUACUACGUCGUGCACGACGAGAUCAACUUCAAAGCUGACGAGCUCCAGACGCUCACCAACGCCGUCAGCUACAUGUUCGCUCGUGCCACCAAGGCUGUCAGUCUUGUCUCUCCGGCGUACUACGCCGACCUCGCGUGCGAGCGCGGCCGCUGCUACUUGCAUAAACUUUUGCAAGGAAUCAGCAGCAGCGCUGGGUCGGCCGCGAGUGGCAAUGAGGAGAACAUCAAGCGCGAGGCAGAGCAGUUGUGGAACAAUGGAGUUGGAAACAUGUUGAAGAAUACGAUGUUCUACCUCUGA